AUGCUGAGCACGCUCAUCUCCACAAGAUAUUCUUCGAUCAUAACGAGAGCACUUCAGAACCAGUCAAAAGAGGGAAACUUGUCUCGAUACCUGGAGAGCGACAUUUUUAUACAUUUGCGGCUUCUGACAGACAAUGUGUUCCCAAUUUACCCGCGUUGUCCAGCUUAUACCCCCACAGGGGACCAUGCCAACAAAUGCAAUUGCCCAAUUGAAUACACAAUCAAAAGGGAACGUACAUUUUGGAUUGAUCGUGUAUUUCCUUUGCUCCAAACGCUUGGUGAUAAGACCGGCUUUAUUGGCUUCGAAUGGUGUGAGACGAUUGCAGACGAGUGGAUGGAGUUCAACACUGUACCAGAGUGUUGGGUCCAUGGGAAUGUUCGAUAUCUUGAUGGUUUCUGCUACUAUUGGAAAGGACGAAGCAAAACUGUGAUGAAAUAUUCAAGCAGUCCAACAGCAGAAAAAAUGGGCCACACGUUGAAUGACACUAUCAAAAACAUGAACAGUUCCAUUGCGUGUUGA